AUGCCGCCCGUUCGCACGACCCCCCGCGAUGUACUGAUACGCGUCCCCAAAGUGGAACCUUACUCGAACAGCUAUGUUCCUCCCUCGGCUCGUGCUAAAGAGGAAGCCAAGAAGUUUGCUGCAGCAGCGCUACCUGCGAAAGUCGAUGACAGCACAGCAGAGGUGAGCACGUCGGCUGCGCCAGAUUCUGCCGCUCCGAUCGUAGAUCCAGCAGCUGUAUCAACGAGUGACAAAGCUGAAAUCGCUCCGCUGGACACUUCUACGGCGACAGUGGAUGUUGCAUCAGACGCGAACGAGACAACAGUAGCAUCACAUCCAACUAACACCCUAGCAAUGAAAGCCGACUCGGAUGACAACGAGGACCCAAGUCAACGCGCCAACUCGCCCACUCUGGCGUUCCUCUCGGUCGACCGACAAGAAGAGCAGACCGUCAACCUCUCCAAAGCAGCCACUUCAUCCGCGGGUUGGAACAGCCUGCUCGUGUGGGCACGCCGUCAACGAGGAGCUCAAUGGGACGAAUCCACCGCGCUCUGGCAAGUCGACAAGUACAGUCGUGAAUUCUACAGCUUUUGUGAAAACCCGGCAACUACCGAUCGAUCCAAACAGCCCGGUAAUCAAGCCAACCACUCGGCUGAGCCACCAGCAGACACGGACCAAGACAGUAAGACUGCGCUACAAGCCACUGCUCCACACCACGAUCAAGAUGCAGCUCUAGCUCCCACCGCUAGGAGUUCAUCGCGCACCAAAUUGCAGGAUGCUGCAACUGGCGGUGCAAGUCCACCCCCCGUUCCAACAGCUCGCUCAAUUAGGCUGCUUCGUAGGUGA